AUGGCUGGGUAUCGGCUUUUGAAGCAGCAGUUGACGCUGUUUCUGAGCUUCAUUACCAUUUUUGCUAGUUUUGUUUCACCAGUUGUCAGCGUCAAGCACGAGAAUUUCAAGACAUGCUCCCAGUCCGGUUUCUGCAAGCGGAACCGAGCUUAUGCGGAUGAAGCUAUCACCUCGGGGAGCAAUUGGAAGACUCCAUAUGAACUGGAUCCCUCGACCGUCGAAUUGAAGGAUGGCUAUCUACAAGGUGUCGUGUUGAAGACCACGGCAUCCGGCGAGAAGGUCAGGCUACCUCUCACCGUAUCGUUCUUGGAGUCCGGUGCCGCCAGAGUCGUUCUGGACGAAGAAAAGCGGAUCAAGGGAGAAAUCGAAUUGCGACACGAUCGCAACAUCCGGAAGGAGCGAUAUAACGAGGCUGAGAAGUGGGCCAUUGUUGGCGGUCUGGCACCAAACAAGGCUGCUGCCUUCAGCCCUGAAUCAGACACUGGUUAUACCAAGGUCCAAUAUGGCCCCGAAAAUCAGUAUCAAAUGGUUCUUCGCCAUGCACCUUUUGAGAUCAACUUCCAGCGCGACGGUGAGACUCACAUCAAAUUGAAUGACCGAGGCUUGCUCAAUUUGGAACACUGGAGACCUAAAGUAGAUGUUCCAGAAGGGGAGACUGCGCCGGAGGAUGAAUCCACUUGGUGGGAUGAAUCAUUUGGUGGAAACACUGACUCAAAGCCCAGAGGUCCCGAGAGUGUGGCCUUAGACAUCACCUUUCCUGGAUACGAGCAUGUAUACGGUAUUCCGGAGCAUGCUGACUCAAUGUCACUGAGAGAGACACGGGGUGGUUCUGGCAACCACGAGGAACCGUACCGAUUGUACAACAGUGAUGUUUUCGAAUACGAGCUGAACAGCCCAAUGACACUUUACGGUGCUAUUCCUUUCAUGCAAGCCCAUCGCAAAAACUCAUCUGUCGGCGUGUUCUGGCUUAAUGCGGCCGAGACAUGGAUCGACAUCAUCAAAGCCAAAUCUACUUCCAACCCUCUAUCGCUAGGCCUUACCAGCAAGAAGACCACACAAACGCACUGGUUCUCUGAGUCGGGUCAGCUCGAUCUUUUUGUCUUCCUUGGGCCUAACCCCCAGACCCUGAGCAAAACCUAUGGAGAAUUGACGGGAUAUACACAACUUCCACAACAAUUUGCUAUUGCUUAUCAUCAGUGUCGCUGGAACUACGUCACGGACGAGGAUGUAAAGGAAGUUGAUCGCAAGUUCGACCGGUACCAAAUUCCGUACGACGUUAUCUGGCUCGAUAUUGAAUAUACAGACGGCAAGAAGUACUUCACGUGGGACCCGAUGACUUUCCCUGACCCGAAGGGCAUGCAAGAACAACUAGACGAGUCGGAACGUAAACUUGUCGCUAUUAUUGAUCCCCAUUUGAAGAACGAAAAAGGCUACCCUGUCAUCGACGAGCUCAAGAGCAAAGACCUAGGCAUCAAAAACAAAGACGGAAACAUCUACGACGGCUGGUGCUGGCCAGGCUCAUCACAUUGGGUCGACUGCUUCAACCCAGCUGCUAUUUCCUGGUGGAAGGGUCUUUAUUCCUACGAUAAAUUCAAGGGUACAUUCCACAACACCUUUAUCUGGAAUGACAUGAAUGAACCGUCAGUGUUUAACGGCCCCGAAACCACCAUGCCAAAGGACAACAUCCAUUACGGAAAUUGGGAGCAUAGAGAUGUUCACAAUAUCAACGGUAUGACAGUGGUCAACGCUACCUACCAGGGUUUAGUUGAGCGAAAGAAAGGUCAGCUACAACGUCCGUUCGUUCUGACAAGAUCAUUUUAUGCUGGCACUCAACGAAUGGGGGCUAUGUGGACUGGCGACAACCAGGCUGAAUGGGGUCACUUGGCUAUGUCAAUGCCCAUGGUUUUGAACCAGGGUAUUGCUGGUUUCCCCUUUGCUGGAGCAGACGUUGGUGGAUUCUUCGGAAACCCUGAUAAGGACCUUCUUGUGCGUUGGUAUCAGACGGGUAUCUGGUAUCCGUUCUUCCGUGCUCAUGCUCAUAUUGAUACUCGUCGUCGCGAACCAUACUUGACCGGUGAGCCUUAUAUGCAGAUCAUUAGCCAGGCGAUUCGUCUCCGAUACCAACUCCUUCCUGCAUGGUAUACAGCAUUCCACGAGGCUUCCGUUAAUGGGAUGCCUAUUGUGAGACCCCAAUACUACGUCCAUCCUAAUGACGAGCAAGGCUUUGCCAUGGACGACCAAUUCUACCUAGCCUCGACUGGUAUCUUGGUCAAACCUGUCGUUGUCAAGGACCAAGACUCCGUCGACAUCUACCUGUCUGAUACCGAGAAGUACUAUGACUACUUUGACUACACGAUCUACCAGGGCAGCGGAAAGUGGCACAAGGUCCCUGCUCCGUUGGACACAAUUCCUGUCCUCAUGCAGGGUGGCCAUGUUAUUCCUCGACGAGACCGCCCACGACGUAGUAGCGGGUUGAUGAAGUGGGAUCCUUACACUCUAGUCGUCGUGCUGGACGAAAAUGGUUCUGCUGACGGCACUCUCUAUGUGGAUGACGGAGAAGGCUACGACUACGAGAAAGGCGGCUACAUCCACCGUCAAUUCACCUUUAUCGAUUCAACAUUUGUCUCCGAAGACAUUGGUACGAAAGGUCCCAAGACUGAUGAAUAUCUCAAGUCAAUGGCUGGUGUGCGAGUCGAGAAGAUUGUCGUAGUUGGUGCGCCAGCAGAAUGGGAGCAAAAGGACACUGUCACCGUCAUUGAGGAUGGAGCCAAGGGAGCUGUCAAAGCUUCUUUGCAAUUUACACGCAGUGAGAAUGGCAAGGCAGCGUUUGCUGUGGUCAAGAACCCUAACUUCGCUAUUGGCAAGUCAUGGAAGAUCGAGUUUUAG